AUGGCCGACAGGAAUUACUCUCUAUUUGCACAGCCGAUUGUUUCCUAUCCAAAUCUCAAAAGGCUUAUGCUUUCUUCAAAUAAACUGAUUAAAAUUCCAAAGGAAAUGUUUCAAAGAAACAAGAAUUUAGAAACACUUGACUUAUCCGAUAAUCUCCUAAAACAGAUCAUAUUCAACCUCAACAAUCUGAGUAAUUUGAAAAUACUUGACCUAAGGAACAACCGAAUCUCAGUCUUGGAUCAAAACUCAAUGAAGAUCCUGAAUUCACUGCUUGUUACCAACAACAUAUCUCAAAAUAUCUGUGGAAUUCUUCAAAUGGCCAACAACCCAUUCUUAUGCUCUGAAUGUGACACUUUAGCCUCAAUAAAAUGGCUUUCAACAACAACUCAUCUGCAAGGGGACAUAACCUGCAAGAAUCCUAAAGGAAAUUUCAUUCCUGUUGACAAUAAUGCUGCAUCUUUUGUACAAGAAGAAUGUGACAGACCAAUUCGCAUCAGAAAUACAAUACUUUUGUCUGUGCUGUUAUCGAUAUCAACUAUAACAUUUACCGUCCUUAGCCUGUAUAAAUGGCAGAAGUAUCAGCAACAGAAACGUUACAAGAAGAACAUGGAGGAGAAAAUUCAACAAAUUCAAAAAAACAAACUUGAGACAAAAUAUCUUGUGUUCCUAUCAUUCAGUAGUUUUGAUUACAACUUUCUUAACAACAAUGUUUAUGAACCACUGAAACAUCAUUUACAAGACAAAACAGGAACUGACAGAGACUUGAUCUGUUUCGGGGACAAAAAUUUCCAAUUAGGGAAACCAAUCAAUGACAAAAUGGUUCUUUGCCUUCAAGAAUCAGCCGUUGUGAUGUUACUCCUUUCUCAUAAUUUCUGUCAAAGUGAAUUCUGCAGAAUGGAGUUUGAUAUGGCCCUCCAUAUGAAGAAACCAUUCAUUCUCAGGAUGAAAGAGGAACUAGAUGAGAAAGAAAUGGUACCCAGCUUGCAACAGCUCUUUAAAAGAAAUACAAGAUUAUUAUAG